AUGCAGGUGAGAAUGACGACACGACGCACACGCUUGACACGACACAUCCCCCCUGCUCACUCCUGCGCCUUGUUGUGUGUAUGUGUGUGUGGCUGGCUGAUGAUGCAGGACGUUGACCGCCACUACCGCGUGUUGACGGCGAUGGUGACGGCUGAUGCUGAGGCCCACGCCACCCACACUGACACGGCCGUCAAGCGGCAGCUGGACCGGUGCGUCGCCAAACUCCAAAUCAUACAAGACAAAAUCGACAAACUACACGACGAGGAGGUCAACGCACCGCACAUGGGACAGGCACAAGGCGGGGCCACAUACAUGUGUGGCUUUGUCUGUGCAGGUGGUUGAGCCCUGCCUCGAGGGGCUGCCUGAGGCCCUCUGGCUGAGCAGCGACGAGAAAUUCGGUACGGGAAGAGAUUGGACGACGAGUCCAGGGGACGGGGAGGAUGCAUGUGUUGUGUGUGUUGCUGUGUGUCAGGACUUGAUGCCUUCAUUGGUUUCGUGCCAUGUCUGACGUCGCUGUCGGCUGUGAGCAGCCACUUCCACACCCUCACCCAGGACAGCAACAUGCACCCCAUCAUCCAACUCGACACCUCACCACCCAAUGACAUCGCCAAGGAACUGCCUGGUACGCAAAGGGAGGCCUCAUGCGUCAUGUGCCCGUCUCCACCUAUGUAGCGGUGCUGCGUCGUGAUUCAGGUCGUUUCUCAAAGUGCAAGGACAUCCGCAUCAAUCACGCCCCCACACCCGCCCUCAUCCGCCUGCUCGAAAACCUCAAGGACAGCAUCACGAGUAUCGACCUGAAGGGCCACGGGGGCAUCGCAUUGGGGGAGAAGGACCAGCCCAGCCACAGCCCCCAGCAGCACACCAUCUUCCCGCAGCUCCACAAGGCAGCCGUCCAGGGGAAGUGGGGCGGCGUCGCACCAGAUCGCAAGUACACACUCCCGGCCCUCAAGCACCUGAGUGGCGACACAUUCAGUCGCCAUGGGGGGUACUCUGCGCAUUACGGGAUCAGCCCUCGUACACACGGAAAUAAAUGGAUGCAGCACACGAUUCUCCGGGCCGCGACACGUGUGUUGGUGGGUGUUUAUGCAGGUGGUGUCGUGGAUUGACAUCGCAUCUGAUGGCCUGACAUCCAUCCACUCUACCUACGUUCAAGUAAGGCGCACGGACAGGCAGCACGUCGUCGCACACUCAAGACUUUCAUGCUGUGUGUCCGGUGUGUCCUGCUGUGGUGCGUCAGUCGCUCACAGACGUUUCCGCUUCCAUCAAGGACACCCCAACUGAUGAGAGGGUUGCGGCAGGGAAUAUUGUAGCCAUCGACACAGCACUCAUUGUGUGCCUCCUUGUGGUGACAGCCAAGACUCUCACGUCCCUCUCCGGCUUCGAAUUCUCGGGCAACGACUACGACCACAACCCCCAAUUGUACCACCCCUGGUACCAAUACGGCCUCGGCGGCGACAAGGCGCCCGAGGAUGAGCUCAGUGACCUCAUCUCAGCCCCCCAGGGAGCCAAGCUGCAGAAGAUUGAGAUGCGCCUCCCCGACAUGCCGACACCCAAAACUAUCCAGGUGAGCAUGAGAAGACGCCGACUCACCAGCUGUCGAUUUCUGCGCUGGUUGUCAUCAGAGGAUUCAUCGGUUCCUAGCUGCCUGCCUCGCACCUGACGCGGUCGAGACGUACCACACGGGCACCUACUUCCACCUCCGGCUGCCCUUCAAAGGCGACUUCGCCCCCCUCGCCACCUGCUGCACCAAAGCCAACAGCGUGAUUCUCGAAUCCCACGCAAAGGACGGCACAGGGACGGCGGCGCUCAGCCCCCUGGUGUGCGAACGGGCCCGAGAGCUGACUAUCCAAUGCAGCUACCGCGACCAGCAGCCCGCGCAGCCGGCGUAUCCACACCUCGCCCACCAUGCUCGAGCGCCGCCCCGUGUCACGCAGCCCAUCCCGUCCUACAUCACGUCUAAUGCCCACUGCCUCUUCCCCAGUGUGGUGUCGCUGAGUGUGCAUGAGGGGCAUGCGGGUAUGCGCGUGUAUGAGGGAGGGGCGGGCGUCUUCAUGGGGUCGCUGCCAUCGCUCGAGGAGGUGUCGUUUGAUGUGCAUGUCAAACCUGACCCGGGUGCUGAGCUGUGUCUCGUGCCUGAGGGUAUGGGUUUUCUGUCGAGUCAAGGCAAGGAUCUGACAGUCAAGUUGUCGAUUGACGCUGAGGUUGACCGCUACCGCUACCUGUAUGGUGGCCAGUCCGACGCAGCGCCAGCCGAUGACUUGACUGUGCAGUGGCGUGUGUACGGUGGGGAGGGUGAGGCUGACAGACAGGUCAUGCAGCGUGUGUCUCGUCUGGAGAUCGAUCUGCGUGUGUCUCUGCGCCACGGCCGCGAGCGCGGGCUGUCCUUUGCUGCUGCAAGGGACAUGUGCGAGUCGUUCGCCGACUGCGUCGCUGAGGCCUUCGGCAGCUGCCCCUCUCUCUUGUCUGUCAUGCCGUGCUGCCUUACCUCUACAGCUCUCGGUUCUCGCUCGUCGAUUGUGUGA